UGAAGCCUCGCUACACUCGGCAACUAGACUUCUACGCAUGUGUUAAAGCAAUGGAAAGCAGAAACAACUUUAGAGUCACAAACAAAGUGUAGUCUGUAGACAACUUUACCUUAUCAGGCGUGGAUAUUCCUCAAUUAGACUGUUGGUGUUUUCUGGUUAUUACAUCGUUUUCACUUUACUUUAUUAUUAUCGCAGAACGUUGGCGCUGUUGUUACAGCCGUCGACUACUGUACAAAUCUGGUAGCUUUGUGCAACGAACGAUGCAAGGAGAAAGGUCUUUCUGACAAGAUUACGUUUCUAGCAAGGGACAUGAGAAACGUGCAAUUUGAGUCUGAACGGUUUGACGCAAUUUCUUUUUUGGGUAGUCUCAUUCAUCUAAAUCGUGGAGACCAUCUUUCCAUCUUCAUAAACGUCAGGAAUUGGUUGAAGCCUGGUGGUCGAGUGAUAGCCCAUGACUUCGUAACAUGUGAUUGUCCCGCAUCAUCAACACAAGAAUUCAAAGACUAUCAGACAAGACUGCAUUUUAAUGACGUCACGGUCGCUGAGUACGAAGAGAUAUUUGCAACGGCUGGACUCCGAUUGCUCGAAUAUCAACCAAGAAGAGAAUUCUACAUUCAAGACACUACUAAAAGACAAACCAAAGCGAAAGAAAACUGGAACGAAAUACUGAAGGUUGUGUCUAAGGAGACUCUGGAGCAUUGUUACAAAUUCUUUGCAGAAAAGCGUAAAUGGGCCGAGGAAGGUGCUCUGUUCCCAUGUAUCUUUCUAGCUGAAAGGCCUCGUGAUAUGUAGACCGAUUGAACACGUUUCCUGUGAUGGCAUCUAUGACCACGGUUGUUUCGCGCAUGCUACUUUGCGCUGGCUUAGUUUACGCAUUCUCAGUUCAGGUAUUAAAGUUAUGUGUGAAGUUGCGUCCGUGGUGUCGACGCCAUAGAUUGU